UAUAACUACAAAGAAAGAUGACAGUGACAGAUGACAGUUCGUUAACUGUCAUACAAAUAAAGUGUGGUUUUAUUUUUUUUUAAUAGAAAUUUUGGUAAAGUGGAUAAACUCUGAAAAAAAUAAGGAAAUUCUCAACUCUUCUACCAAAUAAAAAUAAACCAAAAUGUCAUUCGAACAACAUUUUCGUAUUGUCGUGGAAAAAGUAUUUAAUUAUUGGCCCGACUUGAAAUUAGCCGUUGAACAUGGAAUGGGUGGUCGAAAUGGUCAGCAAACGGCAAUUGAAAUUAUGGAAUACACAUACAAUUACUGCAUAAAAAACGAUAAAAUAACCGAAGGUGAACUUCAAGAUGUCAUCGAAGACCUCAUGGAUCAGGAAUUUAACACACUUUGUGAUGACAAUUCCAUUCCAGAAAUUUGCAAAAAUCUACUUCGUUACUUGCAAAUGUGCAAGGAAGAAAAAUAUUCAGAAAUUGAAGCUGAAUUCCAACGGCUACCACCUGGCAAGGAGUGGCUAAGGGGGGCUCAAAUUGUACCAAUAUGCCAGGAUGAUAGUUCUAGCGAUGAUGAAGGUUCGGACUCUGAUGAGGAUAUGGAUAUAGAUGAGAAUGAAGCAAGUUCGAGCAGGUCAGCGCCAGCAAGAGAAAAAAGUCCUUUUGUUGAACCUGAACCUGGUUGGACAACUGUGAGAACAAAGAGGAAAAACUAAAUAAAUAGAUUCUCAACUCGAUAAAA